CAAAAUAUUGUAUCACAUUCUAUUAUCAAUAAAAGCGAAUAUAGGUAACUAAUAGUAUUAGGUAUUCCUGCAAUAAAAAUGGCAAAAUCAAAGUGCAAAUCAGAAUCGGCUUCUUCCAAAAACCAAAAAACAUCACCACCAUCAACUUCAAAAUUAAAUCUAGUGUCCCUCUUAGUAGCCCUUCUGGCUAUGUUUGCAGCAAUAUCAUUAUUUGGGUUAAAGCAAUGCCCUUAUGGUUUACAAGACGAAAAACCUUCAUCGACCAACAAACAAUCUUCUGGUAAAACUCAAAAAAUCUUCUGGUAUUUCACCAACAACAACCAAUCGUACUAUUUGAAAGAAGUCUUUACGGUUUUAAAAAGAUUGGGAUACGAAAAUGGUACCAUUACCAGUGAUUGGGACUUGCUGUGGGCGUUUAAUUGGCCUUUUGAGGCUUUUAAAGAAGAAUUAAUGAAUCUGAAGCCCUACCAAAAGGUUAACCAUUUUCCAGGUACCGGAGUGAUAAACACCAAAGUGCUUUUAGCAACCAGUGGCUUAGAAUAUAUUCCUCCAGCUUUUAGAUUGCCAGAAGAUAAAGCAAAACUGCUCGAAUACUCCAAGAAAAAUCCUCAAUCAUCUUUCGUACUAAAAGAUAACUACCACAGGAAAAUUAAAGUAGCUAAAAUCGAUGAAAUUGAUUUUAAUCAAAGCCAAAAUUUCGUACAAGAAUUCAUCGACAAGCCUUUGUUGAUUGAUGGGUAUAAAUUCGAUAUAGGAUUGUAUACGAUCAUCACUUCUGUCGAUCCUUUGAGGAUAUAUGUGUAUAAUGGUGAUAUUAUGUUAAGAUUCUGUCCCGAAAAGUACCUUCCCUUCGAUUCAGAAAACUUGGACAAAUACGUCAUAGGCGACGACUAUUUUCCAGUUUGGAAAGUACCAGGAUUGGACUAUUACUACAACACGCUGGGAUUCAGUAAAAAGGAAACUCUUAAUGCAUAUUUGCAACGUCACGAAAUAGAUACUAGUAGCAUAUGGAGGCAAGCCGAAGAUGCUAUUGCUAAAUACGUGUUGGCAAAAGAGGCUGACAUUAUCCAAGCUUUGAAGAGGUACCCAUCGAAAAGAAACUUCUUCGAAAUGGUGAGGUUCGAUUUUAUCAUAGACGAACAAAUAAAAGUCCACAUGCUCGAAUCUAACAUGAGUCCAAAUCUUUCGGCCGAAAAACAUGCCGCCAACAAGCUUCUGUACCACCAGGUUUUGUAUAAUUUAUUCGGACUGGUGGGCGUGGCAGAUAGCCUUAACAGGGCGUCCUUAGCUCCAAGGUCAAAUUCCGAGACAGAAAUGAUAGUAGCCGAGAAAAAUUUGGUAACUUUUCCGAAUAUCUGCAAUAGUCCCAAGUGUAAGUCUAGCUGCGCUUUUAUUGACUGCCAACUAUGUAAAAACUGCUUAACAGACGAAAUCAGAGAAUUUCUACAAGAGGCUGCUAGAGAGCACAAUCACAGAGGUGAUUGCAAAAGGAUAUAUCCACCACCAAUGGUUCAGAUUUCUUCGGAUAUGAUACAUCAAACCCAAAAAGAAGCUCUGCAAGAGACCAAUAUUGGCAAACUGUCUCCACACAAUCAGCUCCAAUACAGAUGGUUCCAAGGAAAAUGCAAUAUGGACAAGAGCUGGUGUUAAAUAAAUACAUUCAAUGGAAGCAUAAUAAUGAAUGCUGUACAAAAAAAACAGUUACGAGUAAUAUCCGUGAUAAUUACGUACAGCUCUGAAUUAAAUUCAAACCGAUACUUAAAAAAAUAAGAAUACAGUCAGAUUUUAGAAAGAAAUAUUUUAAAAUAAAAAAAGAAUCUGAUCAACAGUCGUUUAUUAAUAAACUUACGAUAAACUAUUUUUCUUUUUCAUUAUUUAUGAAAUAUAAAAAUAGUAAAAAUUUCGGUUAACUUCAUAAUUAUAGUACAUAUUUAAAUAUUUUACAGAUCUAAAUUUUUCAAUUAUACACAGAUUUCAGCUACCUGAUAUACAAAAUAAGGUUAAAUUACAAAAAAAGUCAAAUAAAUAUACAUUAAGUUUGUUAAAUUAUUAUCAGGGUAUCAUUUUAUCUAUUAGUCUAAUUGGUCAUCCCAGUCGACAAUUACAGGGUGUCCCACACAUUUUUGACCCUUCCCUAUAUCCUGGAAAUGGUUUUAAAAACUACCAAUGUAAAGUUGCCAUCUUAUAUAAAAUGAUGUAGGAUACCCAGAAUUUAAAUCAACAUUUUUAAAAUAAUGAGUAAGUAGAUAUAAUAUAAAUUAACAGCGAAUUAAAAUGUCAAUGGCAAUGUCAAAUAUAAUAUUUUCAAUAACUUGGUAACAUAAAUGGCAAUUAAGUAUUAAAUUAGUCAAUGAGUUAUUGAAAAAUGAUAAUUAAUUUUCAUGAUAUAAUCUGUACAAAAUCACAAGGGAAUAACUUAUAAUCAAUUAUUUCUUUGAGCUCUGGCUUGCUGUAACUGAGCACUCAGUAUCAUCGUUUUUUCUCCCAAUCUGGCAUUGUGUUCCUUAAGAAACCUAAUUAAAUCAGCCUGAAAAUUCCGAAAAAAAAAAAUAAUUUAUUAAAAGGUAAAACAACAUAGGACCUAGAUGAGAACCUUGAGGUACUCUUUAAAUAAUGAUAAUUUCAGUUGAAUAAAAAUAAAACACCUUCGCUUCGGGUCGAGUCCCCGGCGUCUUCAAGCGUCUUUAAAGAAGAACCAGCAUCGACUUUUACCUAGUAGCUGUAUUUUCCGGAACUCAUCAAUUUGACAAUCUUUAAGAUUUAUCAACGCCGAUGGUACCUUUUGUAUCGACGUGUCGUGGCGUCUGUGCUUGUAUUGGUUAUUACUUUAGGGCCUCCGGGGAAUCCACCCGUUCUAUACAUAUGUUCACUAUUUCAGUAUGGAUGGGUGUGUAAACGUCUGCAGUAGUGUUUUGUCAGCAAAAGUGAAAAUGCUUGAAAGAGCAAAACAAAUUGUUGAUUUAGCACCUAAUAAUUAUUCUCUGUGAAGAAUAUUAUGGUUUACUUUGUCCGUCAGUCCGAUGUCACGUUUUUUGUCCGCACGAUAAGUCAAAAACGAAAAAUGAUAUCAACUUGAAAUUUUUAGAAAAAUCAAGCUGUAUAAGAGGGCAAAGCCUAUUGAUUUUGAAAAAAAAAAAUCUAAUUCAAAAUGAGCUCUAUAGGGGGAUAAAGCCUGUUCUUUUGGAAAAAAUUGAUUAAAAAUGGGGGGUUAAGAGGGGUUGAAAUUAAAAAUCAAGCUCUAUAAGAAGAUGAAGCCUAUUGAUUCUGAAUAAAUUAGGAGUUAAGGGGGAUUGAAAUAAUAAAAAAAAUCCUAACUCAAAAACUAAAAAUUAUAUCAACUUGAGAUUUUAAGGGGGAUUGAAAUAAAAAAAAAAACAAAUCAAAAACAAAAAGCGAUAUCAACGUGAUAUUUUUAGUAAAAAUCAAGCUCUAUAAGAAGAUGAAGCAUGAUUCUGAAAAUUUUUUUAACAAAAAUGAGAGUUAAGGGGGCUGAAAUAUUCAAAAACAAUAUCAACUUGAAAUUUUUGGUAAAAAUCAAGCUCGAAGAGGACAAAGCUUAGUGAUUUAAAAAAAAUCUGAAUAAAAUGGAGGUCAAGGAAGGUUAAAAAAAAAAAAUAGAAAUCAAAAACCAAAAGCGACAUCAACAUGCUCUAUCAAGCUCUAUAAGGAAAUGAAAAAAUAAAAAUAAUGGGGAGAUAAACACAAAUGUGGAGUCAUCCACAAAUGUACACUGAAAUAGCUCUAUCGUAAUAGUCAUAUAACUUGAUUCAAAUGACAUGUAGAGGCUUUUCA